AGAAAUGAGAAUGAGAUAAAUAAUAUUUCAAAAAUAUAGAAUAUCAAGUACAGAUCGUAAUCAAUCAUUUUAUAUCAAAAACUUUAAAAAACCAUGCAUUAAAUUGUAAAUUUAAAAAUGUUAAAGAAUAAAUCCAUAUUAGAGAAAUAUAUAGAAUAUGUCGACUAUUAAUAUACACGUAAAGAUAAAAAUUUCUUCUUAAAAUGCAUCGAAUAUAUUCACAAGAUAAGAGAAUGUUGUCACAUAGAAGCAGUGAAUAACAUAUACAUGCUACUAUAAUUGCUAUUAUACAAAGCAAUCGCAAUCGUUCUUGCGAAUAUAUCUACUUAUGCAUCUCAAGCCGCGCGUACAAACUGAGGACUCGCAUUAAAGUACAAGGAACAUUGCGUUAAAAAACAGCGGAUAAGAAGUAAAAACAGACGUACGGACGCACGAUAAGCUCUCGUGCGCGGAGAUAAAAUUACGUCACGGAAAUUCUAAAACGGCCCUAAAUAGUCGCCUUAUGAGAAAAAAACGGCGCUCGUGUUAAGCGAUUAAAUUUACCGUGAUAAUUCCCCGACGUCUUGUAUUUGCCGCACGCAAAUUCCACCCAUCCCUACCACCAUUGUCUGCCGAGUAGUCGCUGGCUUAAAAUCAAAACCGCUUAUCGUUCAGACACGCGUGGAUCUCUCGUGUGCCGGAUCUCCGCGCGCGCGUGUAUAUGUUUGAACACUACUCGAAUAUCUGUUGCAUCCUUUUGAGCAAAGAGACACACGACACGAGGCGGCUGGAUGCGGGCGGCGGGCGAUGCGAGAGGAGAACUUUGAACGCGAACGCGAGAUACGCAGAUUCCAAAAGACGACUCCCCGAGAAAUCGCACAAUUUAGCCAGUGAGUCUGAGGCCACUGUGCUGCACACCCGAUUGUCUCUCUCUCUCUCUCUCUCUCUCUCUCUCUGUCUCUUCAUUAAAAUCUCGCGCACACCUCGAAUGUUUGGCGCCUGAUUCGCCUGACAAAGAAGACCCGCGCGCGCGAUUCCUAGCAGUUUCUCCUACUGCGAAAUCGCCGUCGUCGUCGUCGUCACAAUUGUUAUGUGACAUCGCGAAAGUCAUCGACGAGCGAGUUUUCACCUCUGUUCCGUUGCCGUCGUGCCAGCCGUCGAAAUACGCUGUUUGAAAUAUGCCGUGACGCGUCGGGAGUUCGCGCGGAGCCGCGUCUGAUCCAAAGUGUUUCCGGUUAUCUCUGCUCUCUCGCAUCCCGUAUAUCCAGCCUACGUACUUGAACGCGAGGCAGACGUCAAUGAAGAAAAAAUCUCUCGCGUACUGCACUGUGCGCGAGUUUAACGAAGCUGCAAAGUUGAUCUUAACAGAUGUAAGGAUCGCCUCUCCUAUAGCGCAGAGAUCCAUUUGGACGACCUAUGAAACGGCCUUGUUGUUAAAAAACAACGCGCGUUCGGUAAACAGGAGGUCCCGCUUCUGCCAAUCGGCUUCGAUGAAAGGUAACCUAACGACACUUGCCGCGGCUGUCAUCGACGAUACGGAAUCCGGCCGGAUGCUUUGCGAAAUUAAUUCCCGACGAUGCGAGAAGCAGCGUGGGGACCCGCCGCGAACUGAGAGCUCGCCUUAAGAAUGGGAUGCAAGUUCAGCAUACUGGAGUACGUGAGAGGCAAAGUCGAGGAGGAGAAGAGCAUAUCGUCGGGAACUAACAGUUCCCUCGUUACGAGCGAUGCAACAGAGACCGACACGGACCAAGACAGUCUGUUUCUCGCGUCCGACAAGUACCAUUAUAUCGCCGAAGAGGACGUUCAAAAAGUAGCGCAACGUAAGACGGACGCGCUUGACAUUGUGGCCGAGAAGGAUGAAAAAACACCCUUCGAGGACAAUGAGAACGGAGAUUACUUGACUAUCAAGGGACCUCAGGAUUUUAGUAAUUAUUUAUUGACAAACACCGUUCCUAGUAUCGUAAAAAUAUUGUUAGUCUUUAGCCAGGAUGACCAGCAAAUGGAGAUACUCGCCAACACCGCAAGAAGAUUGGGAUGGUCCGUGUCGUUGGCGAAGGAUGCGGAGAAAGCGGUAGAACUUUUUCAAAAUCGCGCCCACGAAUUAGUGAUUAUCGAUCAUAGGGGACACCACGCGGCCGAGGGCGAUGCUAUUUGUAGAGCGAUCAGAUCAAGCCCGGUUUUUCACAAUUCUGUCAUUAUAGCGCUCGUGAAGAAAUCAUACUUCAUGCUCGACGAGAAAGACCAUAUUGUGGCGUUGAACUUGCUAGAGACAGGCUUUACCAGAGCACUGAUGGAAUGUUCGCACGAGGGUAUAUUAAUAAACGAAUUAGUAGGGAUUUAUACUAGCUCAUUGUUGCCAAAAACUCAACUAGCAGCAGCGCAUGCAUUAUACCUGGCACUCGACAGGUGUCGCGAUAUGGUGCAUGUGACCAAUGAUAAGAACAUUGUACAGUUUCUAAAUAAAGUCAGCGAAAAAUUGUUAGGAUAUAAAACAGAGGAGAUGAUGGGAAUAAAUCUUUCGGAAAUAGUGUACUACGAAAACUCCGCUCUCAUGGAGCAGCAAUUGAGUAAAGGCCGGGAAUUCGAAGGGAAUAUGAAUUGCAAGAGGAAAAACAAUCAAAUGAUUACGAUCAAUUGCAGGAUAAUUCCGUUCUGUAUAACAUUAAAAAAACCCAGUCACUACAUAUAUGUAUACGACACUACGUAUCUGUCGGAAAAUUCAGCGCCAAUAAGUCCAGUUAGCAGCCCGUUGCAUCCUCCUCUCAAAACGAGUAUAUUAUCGAACACGCGAAAAUCCUCGGAUGUCAGAUCUGGUAUAAGCGAGGGCCGUAGACGGUCCAGCUUGCAAAAACUGAACACCUUGCAACUGGAGGCUCCUAUCACUAAAGUCAUUACAUUACUAUCGAAUGCAGUCACGGAUACGACUAAUCCGGAAACAGCAGCUCAGAUCGAUAAAGCAAUCGAUAUCCUAAAGACGACGGAGCUCUACGUGCCGCAUCUUAAAGAAGACAGGGCGAUGUACAGCGACCCAGUUGCCACGGAUCUCGUUGGCGCAUUGCUUGCCUCUCCGCGCACAGCGUGGGAAUCAAGAAGAUCGUCGUCGGAUUCCGCGAGAGUGUCCACCAAGGCUAUCAACGGACCGGCCAAUUCGCGUGCGCAGGUGAACACUUUUCGGGGGCCGCAAGAAAUCACGGAGAUACUGGACAAAAGUCUCGACUGGGACUUCGAGAUAUUUAAGCUUGAAGUGCUGACGGAGAAAAGACCGCUCGUCUUUCUGGGAUUGACUAUCAUGAAUUUGUACCAAGUGCCCGCUACGUUACAUUGCGAUGAGAGGACGCUGCAGAACUGGCUAGCCAUUAUCGAGCACAAUUACAACGAGGAGAACAGCUACCACAACUCGACUCACGCGGCCGAUGUCAUGCAAGCUACUGCGAGAUUUAUGCAAUCCAAGAGGCUCAAAGAAAUUUUAGAGCCCAUAGACGAGGUCGCCGUUUUAGUGGCCGCCGCUGCGCACGAUAUCGAUCAUCCUGGACGGUCCAGUCAAUUUCUUUGCAACGCCAGCAGUCGUCUGGCAAUACUUUAUAACGACCUGUCGGUCCUCGAAUCGCAUCAUGCAGCCUUAACAUUCAAACUAUCUCUGUCGGACGACAGUGUAAAUAUCUUUAAAAAUCUGGAGCGAGAUGCGUACAAACUGUUACGACAAAAUGUCAUUGACAUGAUUCUGGCGACCGAAAUGACGAAGCACUUCGAGCAUCUGGCGAAGUUCAUGAAUGUUUGCAGCGCGAGAAUUGGCGACGGUCAAGAGACUUAUUCAGACUCUCUGGACAUGUCUGUGGUACUACAGCCAGAUAAUGUUAUACUGAUUAAAAGAAUGAUGAUCAAAUGCGCGGACGUAUCUAAUCCAACGCGGCCGCUGAAAUGUUGCGUCGAAUGGGCGAGACGAAUCGCGAAGGAAUACUUUAAUCAGACCGACGAAGAGAAAAAGCUAAAAAUGCCAGUCGUAAUGCCGAUGUUCGAUAGAAUGACGUGUUCGAUACCGAAAUCGCAAAUCGGUUUCGUCGAUUAUAUCAUUAAUGACAUGAUCGAGGCUUGGGAUGUGUUUAUCGACAUGCCGGAAUUAGUGGGCUACAUGCGACACAAUUACGAGAAAUGGAAAGAAUAUAAUGAACAAGGUAUAUCCACUUUACAAGACGUCGAGAAGCUACAACAACAUCCCGAGAUGCAAAUACCGCGAUUAUAAUGAAAAGCGUCUCAUUUUCGCAUCUCGUUUUACGCCUCGUUAUAUAAUAUUUACGCUGCGAUUAUCGCAAAGACGUGUAUAGUAUUUAUGUAUUUAAGGAUAUAUAGCAAAACGCGACCGUCGUUCGCGUUCUUUCGAGUCGUUUCUAAGAAAAUACAUAUGUAAUAUUUGCCGUUUUUCGCGCGCGCCACACCAGCACUUUCAUUAUUUAUAUAUAACUCCAUCCCCUCUCCCCCCCCCCUCUCCAAUGACAUUCGCCGUAUUAUUUGAAAACGUGUGACACAUAUUAAGUAAGACACUUAGAGUAUAAGGAAAGGAAAUACCUUUGUUGUAUGCAGCUCCGGACGACUAUACAUGUUUUACUUCGAACAAAGUCUUCCUUGCGUUUGCGCAUACAUGCUGCUGUGGUCGUUAUGUUUGUGAAUCUUAAGAACGACAAAUAAAUUAAGAAACUGCAUUUGAAA